AUGAUCAGACCUUCUUUUUUACAUCAAGAAGCUCCACCGGGAUACAUUCCUGGUGUAGGACGUGGGGCAACAGGCUUUUCCACCAGAGGCAAUACAACUAAAGUCCCCAAAAGACUCCAAGACAGCAAUUCAACUCGUACAUUUGAAACUAAGGAUACAUUUACCCAAGAACGGUUCUCUACUAAUGUCGAGCUAGAAGAAGAGCAAGAGGCCGACGAAAUCUUUGCUUCAGUGGAUGCAAAAUUAGCCAAGGGAAAGAAUUCCAAUAAGAGUUCGUCAUAUCAUAAUAAUGAAACUACAGGACCUAAUAAAGUACUGCAACAAUUUGCUGAUUUGAAAAGAUCCCUUGCAAAUGUUACAGCGGAAGAAUGGCUCAAUAUACCAGAAGCUGGAGAUAUAACAAAGAGACACAAGAGGGAAAGAACUCAAAAUCAAUUGAAUAGGAAAGAGUAUGCGGCACCCGAUUCUCUUAUUCAUUCAACAGGAAACGUGAAUUUGUCAAAAUUGACUCAAGAGAGAGAAAGGCUCCUGGUUAGUCAAUUAGAUUCCAGUAUAUUAAAUCGUGAUAAAGUAGAUUCCAUGGAGUUGGCUGAAACAAAUCAGUUAUUAAAUGAACUUGAAUCUUCCUCUAAACCAAGUGAAUUAUUGAAUAAUGGUCAAAAUGAAGAUUCGAAAAAGAUGAGAGAUAUUCUGGUAUUGUAUAGAAAAGCAGAUCCUACCAAGCCAGAAGGUUGGAUUGCUUCCGCACGAUUAGAAGAAAAGGCGCGUAGACUGAACGCAGCAAAAGAUAUUAUCGAUCAAGGUUGUCAAAAAUGCCCCAAAAAUGAGGAUAUAUGGUUGGAAAACUUAAGAAUAAACGGCUCCAAUUCAACUUUGUGUAAGGCUAUGGUUGCCGAAGCAAUCGCAUAUAAUCCUACUUCUCUACCAUUAUGGUCGAAAGCUGUUGAUCUAGAAGCCGAAACUCUUAAUAAAUGCAGAGUCAUCCGGAAAGCAUUACGAGAACUGCCGCGUAGUGAAGAUUUAUGGACGUUGAUUGUGAAAUACGAAUCAGACACAUCGGAGCGCGAAAAGAUUUUGAAGAAAGCUGUAGAAUUCGUUCCUCAAAGCUUUAAUUUGUGGAAAUGCUUAAUAGAUCUGCAAGAUGAGAUAUCUGCUAAAAAAUCAAUGAACCAACUAAGAGUAUUGCAACCGAAAGAGUUUAAGGUUUGGAUUUUAGCAGCACAAGUUGAAGAACGUUUCAAUGCUCAAGUAACAAUUGAAAGACUAGUUAAACUAUUGAUUAAAGGUAGAAAUGAACUUGAAAAGUAUGGUAUCACCAUUUCAGCGUUCGAAUGGAUUACACAAGCUGAAGAAUUAGAGAAAAUGCUAAUAUCACCAAAAGUUGUAGAGAGUCUUAUAAUAUCGUCAAUACAAGGUGAAUAUAACGAUAAAGGCGAUUUGAUUCUCUUUAAAUUUAUAGAAUCCAUGAGUGAUAGUCGUACAAAGAUCAUUGCCCUUAGAGUACUCUUGAAGAAGAGCCCCACCAACUAUGAUAUUUGGAAGCAUCUUAAAGCAACAUGUGAAAAGCUCAAACAGAUAAAUGAACUGUACACAACCUUUGAAGAUGUCAUAUUUUCUGAAAGCAAAGAUUCCAUUGCACUCAAAGAAAACCCUGUAUUGGCUUUGAUGUAUUCAAAAGAAAUAUGGAAAGGCGCUAAUAAUACAAGUAGAGCUUUGGAAAUUCUUGAUAGAACUUUGAAAUUAGUUCCAAGAACGCUGGAUAUAUGGUUGGCCAAAAUAAAAAUACUUUGCUUUUCCUCAAGCUUUGAGGAAGCAGAGAAGACAUUUUUGAAUGCUCUGCAUUACUUUGAAUCGACCGAACCUUUCCCUGGGCUUCAAAGACUUUAUCACAAGUAUGUUAAUUUCUUACGGUUUCAGAAUCGUAAUUCCGAUGGUAUUUCGUUCAUAAAAGAGACGUGCCAAAAGAAAUUCCCAGAUUGCCCCAUCUUCCAGAUUCAAAUGGGCCAGAUACUUCAUGAUAUGGCAGAUAUCGAAAAAUGUCGGGAGACCUUUAGUACAGGCACAAAAUAUUUUCCCUCGUGUGCAAUCUUAUGGAUGCAACUAGCUCUGGUUGAUGAGAUUGACAUGGGGAAACCCACAAAGGCCAGAUCUGACUUGGACCUAGCCGUUUUGAAAAAUCCACAAGAGGAGUCCCUGUACCUGGCAAAAAUUAGACUGGAAACCAAGCUCAAUAAUCUGGACCAGGCAAGAUUGAUCGUUUCUCAAUCCCUACAAAAAUUCCCACGAAGUCCAAAAUUAUGGUCUGAGAAUAUUCGUUUACUUCCAUCCAAAAAAUCCCCUCUUCGUAAAACUGUAUUCCAAGAUGCCCUCAAGAAUACAGCCAACAGUUGUGAGGUGCUAGUAGAGAUCGGAGUAUCCUUUUACUAUGAAUCACAAUUCUCCACUGCCCUCAAAUGGUUUCAGCGAGCUACUGCCAAGAAUAAACUUUAUGGCGAUGCAUGGGUAUGGCUGACGCGAUGCCAUAAGAAACUUUCUAAAGAUAUUCACGAAUGCCAUGAGAAGGUGAACGAGUAUGAGCCUGUUUACGGCGACGAGUGGAUUUCGGUCUCGAAGGGCGUUAAGAAUCAAUACAGCUCUCCGUCUACAAUUCUGAGUAUUUUAAGUUAA